AUGACGACGCUCGUCGUGGGGAAGAACCUGCCCGGCAGCCGCAACGACGAGUUCUUCGGCUGGGAGGAGGCCGCGGGAGGCCGCGGCGCCGACACCGGCGGCGCCUUCGAGGUGGAGCAGCUGAUCCAGCGUCAGAUCCGCGCGGACCCGACGGCGCUCUCGCAGAUCUACGACGUGCCCGACGACCAGGACACGUACCUGUGGCAGUACGAGCACCUGCGCCAGGUGAUGAAGGAGCUGAACGUGCUGGUGGCGCGUCUGGACGGCAGCUGCACGCGCGAGUCGUGCCCCGUGAUGAAGGCCACGGACGACUGGGUCUUCCUGUGCGCGGCCCACAAGGCGCCCAAGGAGUGCUGCGCCUUCGAGUACAUCGUGCACACGAUGGACAACGUCAACACGCUGCUCACGAGCAGCCGCGUGUUCCCGUCGCGCGUGAGCAUCAGCUCCAACGCCACGCAGUACUUCCAGUCGGUCUCGCGCCGCCUGUACCGCAUCUUCUCGCACACGUACUUCCACCACCCGGAGGUCUUCAAGGAGUUCGAGGACACCUCGUAUUUAUGCCAUCGCUUCGUCUACUUCGCGCUGCACUUCUGCCUCAUCCCCAAGACGCUGCUCAUCAUCCCCGACAUUGGCUGA